CAGAAACAAGAACAAAAAAUACUAAUGGUUAUUUAUUUGGUUGGACAUAAUCCAAGAGACGAAUAUCCAAAAGAUCGUACAAUGAAUCGUCAUGAGAACAUUGUCUGCACGGGUUGCAGCAAGCUGGAAUUUACGGGUCUCUGCUAUCGCUGUCUGAGCUGCCAGGACUUUAAUUUGUGUGCAGAGUGCUAUGAGCAUGAUUUCACCAACGCCGAGCAUCCGUUCGAUCAUCCCGUUAAGUGCGUCUACACGCCCGCCGAUGUUGAGUUCUAUUUUGGCGGUGAAUAUCUGAAUGAUCCGCCGCAGAGCUACAGAUGUCCCUACUGCAAGCAGUGGGGCUACAAUGAGUCCACAUUUCUCGAGCACAUCUCCGCUGAGCAUGCGAACGCCAGCACACUGCUUGUGUCCACAAUUAUCACACUGUUCGAGCAGCAGCAGGCGGUGCGUCUGUUUCUGGAGGAUGAGCAACUGGCGAUGUUCGCCUCGACGGCCAAAUCUCGAAAUGAGCUCAUGAAUCGCAAUGAGGGCUCGCUGGAGUUGUAUCUGGAACCGCUCAAUCCUAAUGGCAGCUAUCAACGCGAACGUCAGGUGACCUUUCGCAUGGACAAACCCGAUGCAGUCGAUGUGGCUGACAAUGUCACCCUGACCACAUCCAGCAGCAACGACAAUGUGGAUAAUAACAUUUUCAUACCGGAUGAGGUGCGACGUCAGCGGCUUGUCCGUCUCCGUCAUAGGGCGCAACAGCAGUUGAACUUUGACCCGUCCAUGCCGUCAUCGGAUGUGAUGCACUUUACUGAGCUGUUGCCCACCAUUCGAGCGAAUCGUCCACGCAAUGUUCGCAUCGUCACCAAUCAGGAGCCCAAUCCAAGCAGCAAUGGUCGCAACAUGACUCUCGUUGGUUUCAAUGGCGGCGCGGCCAGAACACGCACCCAACGACAUCGUCCCGUUCGAAUGCAGCUGGAGGGUCGUCCGGCCAGCGCUGGCCGGAUGCAUGUAGAGCGCUUGAGAGGUGGACCCGGUGCGGGUCUAGCAAAUAUCACCAAUGCGGCUCAACGUCUCUUUGAGCUUAGUGAGCUGUCCACUGACAUUCAUGGCCAGCUUGAGCGUAAUAUGCGCUCCGGUGCGAUCAUGUUGAACACCAUCGACGAGGAGGAGGUGGUGGAGGAGCAAUGCACACCCGAUGCCAACCAGCUGGAGCAGGAAAGUGAACGUUUUCUAUGCUAUCGCUUUCUGUCCACCGCAUCCGUUGCGCCCUGUCCGCAUGAAGAGCAAUCCUUGUUUUUGGCUCAGCGUGCCGAGUUCGUUGCCCAGCUGUUUGCCUCGGUGCUCUGCGAAGAGGAGCUGACCAGCAUUACGCCGCCGUUGGACGAGACGAAGAGAGACUCGUCCAAGUUGCGUAAGCGUUCCGCUGGUGCCGGCGACUGGGAGCUAAAUAUGAAGCGCACUAAAUAAUACUAAAACGACAUACAUUCCUCGAUUUUGGUUCGUUUGGCAUAAAUUUUAUAGUUUACCUUCCCUUAACCACAGAAUCUUUCGGAUCUCGCACAGCCUGAUGGCGAAAAAAAUUUGCAAUUCAAAGUCUUUAAUUAAAAACUCACGGAUUAUAUGAAAACGAAUCAAAUGAAGAUGGAUUAUAAGAAAAGAAUCGACAAGUUAUCGAUCUGUCUUGAAAAUGUCUUGGAUUUGAUUCAAGUCAAGUAAAACACCGCAAACAACAAUUAACCAAAUGAAAACAUAUAUAUCAAGAAUCGUUAACUUUGAGUAAUGAAUUUGAUCCAGAUCGGGCAACACGUACGGACUCUGCAAUAAAAUCAAAAAUUCAAUUUAAAAAAGAGAUCAAAUAUCGAUAAGUUGUGUCGAUAACUCGUAGAAACCAAGUAACACCCAUGGAUUAACUGCAACAUGUCAAAGAAAUACCUUUAAUCAGAUGCAUGUGAAUAAAGAAUCCCCUAACAAGAAUUCACUUGUGCUCAUAAGAAAUUAGAUUACUUUCUGUCGUCCUGUUUUCAGAAACAGUAACUCCAAAGAUUUUGACAACUGAUAUCGUUUGCUUUUAAAAAUUAACAAUCGAUAAGCUAUCGAUAACUUUUAAGAAAAUACAGGACCAAGCGCAUCACAUCGAAGUCUAUCUUUAAAAUAACUAUUCAGUGUAUUCCCAGAUUGAAGGCCUCUUCAUAAACAUAUUUGUUUAUAUUUAUCAGAAACUAUA